AUAUGUUCACAUAAAACGAACAAAAUAAUAAUGUGAAAUAAUUCAUCAGUCUUUUUCAUAUAACUUUUUAUAUAUCUAAAUAAAUAUAAUGUCUUCGCCAAAUUCUAAUGCGGUGCAAAGUGUUAAUGAAGAACCUAAAACGUCAAACUCUUUGGGUUCAAAUAACAGUUCUGAAAAUCCAUUUGCAUUGAAGCGGAGAGUUUUUAAUAAUUCUCAUGGGGAUAAUUCUUGUGCAGGAGACAGAAUGCCCUCAGAUGAAAAUAUUGAAAGUUCAGUAAAUGGUUCUAUAGAAAAUAGCAAACCUGAAUCAAGUGAUAAAGUUAGUUCAGUAACAUCAAAUAAGGAUGUUGAUGUGUCCAGUUCUGAUGCUGUAGCUACUCAUUCUAAUGAUGUGGUUUCUAGCUCUGAUAAUACUGAAAUGGGUGCAGAUAGCACAGCAAAUCAGCCUGAUAGUACCACUUAUCAGCAAAUUGGAAACGCCAGCUCAAGUCAGCUUAGAACUGCCUGUCGCUAUGCAGAAAAGUGUUAUCGAAGAAAUGAUACUCAUCGUGAAAUAUUUGCUCAUCCUGGUGAUCCGGAUUAUAGAGCUACAACUUCACUCCCUGCAAAUCAGCAUUUAUUUAGUAUAGUGCCUAAUGAUAAUGCACCUGAAUGCCGUUAUGGUCAAAUGUGUUAUCGAAAGAAUCCUCAACAUUUCCGCGAUAGGAAACAUACACAAUUAGGCAUUGCAGGCCGUCCAAAAAGGAAAAGAACAAGACUUAAUUCACCUACAAGCAGCAGUGCGGAUCUUACUUCUGAUAGUGAAGAAGAACCUGAUUUUAGUGGAGACGAUGAUGAUUUUUACGUUCCUCCGGAUAGUGAUUAGAUGGUUUUGAUAAUUAUUCUUAACUAAUUUGUUUUUUUUUAUUGAAUUAAUAUAUAUUUUAUUCUAAUGAAGAUAUUAUAU